UGAAUGUGUACCGGUCCAACUUCCUCCCUCUGCCAACUGGUAUAAUCGCUAGAAGUAAAAUUUCAAUAUCUGACGCUGGUCGUUUGUAUUACGCUUUCGGAACGUUCUUUUUUCGUCAAUCUUUUCUACCGGGAAGGUAUAUUAUCGAGUUUCGUUGGGUGCAAGAAAGGAAUUUAGCAUUGAAAGAUUAGGGGAUCGCGGGAAGGCCUACGAAUAGCUUUGCUUUGUGUUUAUUAUUUCCUUUCAAUUUCUAAUUUAGCUGAAUAGUACUUUUAGUUAAAUGGAAGCGUUCAAACGAGGACAAGAAGCUAGUGUCGAUGUUCUUGAUGGACCGUUGCACAUCAAGUUUUCCGACAUGAAUUCUAGCGUCUGCUCGGGAGAUAUGGCUGAUUCUUCUUUAAUAUCUACGGUAAAUGUCUUAGACGCUUACGACUUGUCCGACAGCUCGCCGACCAUCCAGUCACCAAGGACUUCGACCCCGUUAAAACUUUCAGAUGAUUCCAUUUAUGAGAAACAAAGACUUCCUGAUAGUUUAAGUAUUGAGGAUGCUCAUACGGAAAAAGAAAAGCAUAAAAAUAAACAUCGUCAAGAACACUCAUCAGCUGAAGAUCACCAAAACUUCGCCUCCGAGCUUCAAAAUAUUAGUCAAUGGUUUCAGAGUCUUUCUUUAGCUGAUCGCGAGCUCGUUCUCAAAGAACUUUUAAAAAGCUAUCCCUCUAAAGACGCAGCCAAGUUGUUUUCUAAUUCCCUUUCUUCAUCUCCGUCUCGUAAGUCGUUGUCAUACAAUUUGUCGGCUGGUUCGUCUUCAUCUUCUCCUUCUUCCAUUGACGUGGAAGCACCUUCGUUGUCUGAUUCUCUUACCUCAUUAACACCUACUUCAAAAACUCCAAUGAAGCAACCUUCGGCACCUUCGAUCCAAAAUCAACCCAAUUCUUAUUCUAACAAACAACAUCCCUUAUCAACCACUCUUUCAUCCGCAUCUCCUCUAGCUGUUAGGAAUUCACCAGCUUCUUAUAAUAACUUCGCGCAGGAUCGCGAUCUAUUAACGAAAAACCGUCUUUCAAAAGCAAUUGCAUAUUCUUCCAUUAAUCCUUCUGCUCCUAUUUCUACAAGUCCUAAGAACAAUCAUAAUGCCAUUGCUAACAAUGGAACUCCUAAGUCGUAUUCUUUAACCAAUAAUGCUUUUCAAAAGCAAGCCAAUUCUGAGUUGUUUCCUAGUGCAUCAAAAAAGACGCCUUUUGCACCUAAUGGAACUCCCUCUAAACCUUCUUCAUCCUUCUUUGAAACUCCAAGCUCCAAUAUUUGGGAUUCUCAUGAUAGGUCUGCUUUCUCGGCUCCUCCUGCUCCAUUUUUUCCUUUUGGCGUCUCUCCUCACCUAAAUGAAGAAGUAUCUCCUCGAGGACGUUGGCAGAAUUUCACCUAUUCUCCCCCACCACCACCGCCUCCUCCAGACCUUCUCACUGCGAAUUCGAAUCAGCGUUCCGUCCCUGAAAAAUCCCAUUUUUUAUACCGUUCUAGUCAGCUAGGGCCUCGUCCUCGAUUAGAAACGCGUCCAUCUGGUGCUGAUGGAAAGCCUUUGCUUUCCUCUUCCUUACGGUUUUCUCAUGUACCUGGUGCUACUGAAACGUCUUCUCGCAGUAGCACUCGACUGGAGAAUCCUAAUGCACAACCAAGUACCCCGUUAAGUAAGCAAACCUAUGUCAAUGAUCUUCCUCAUACGAUAACACCUGUUCCUUUCACUUCAUUGUCAUAUAACCCUGGUACUGAAACUGAACGUUCUUACAGAAAAAAUGGGUUUUGGUUGAAUAAUUGGAACUCACCCGCCUUUCUGCAUUCUUCGCUGUUUCAAGAUUCUAACCCUUAUGCACAGUUAACCCCAUCUGCGAACUCUACUUAUUCUGCUAAUUUGGAUAAUUCAAAUUAUACAACACCUUUGGGGAUGCAUGUGUGCCCUGUGCCCUACGCAUACUCUUCCUAUAAUGAUCUUGAAACCGGUGAUGCUAUUCACGGAGCAUCACAAGGCUACAACAAUAAUGCUAAAACACCUAAGACUACCCUCAAAACCAGAAAAUCUUUGUCUAACUUAAAGAGUACCGAAAAACAAUCUACUAAUGAACUUCCACAGGAUAUUCCGAGCUGGCUCAGAAGUCUCCGUUUACAUAAAUACACUAAUAAUUUGAAAGACACCGAUUGGAAUGGUUUGGUAUCUUUGACAGACGAAGACCUACAAAACAGGGGAAUCCAUGCUCUAGGUGCAAGGAGAAAGCUACUGAAAAGCUUUCAAGAUGUUGCUCCAUUAGUUGGCGGAAAUUUAGCAUUAGAAAACUCUGAUACCGAAGGCCUGGGCAAUCAGAAAAAUGAUAGUUUUAGCUCGAUAAAUCAGGACGAUGAAGAUAAACGAGAUGGUGAUCAGAACUCUCGAUCUUCUGAGUCUGCUAACGACAGUUGAUGCUCGUUUACUCAUUUCUUGUAAUUAUUAAGAAAUCGGGUAUAGAUAUAAAGUAAAUGAAAAAAUUUUAAUGACAAUUUGAAAGCAACUCUUUAGCAAAAAAUAAAGGAGUAUGCAAUAUAUAAAGAUCUACAGACAAUUUUUAGAAAGCUAUCAUAUAAUUUAUAUUGUUUUAUCAUACUA